UUAAAACAGAUUAGUGGCAUGAUGUAGCAAAUAUAUAAAUAUUACAUUGUCAGAUGAGUGGAUUCAAAGAAAAUAUUUUCCAUUUCAAGCAGUAUCACUUGACCUAGCAGUUUUAGAUUUGAAUUUCUGAGAAAGAGUCCAGUUGCAGUUAUAGAAACACGUUCAACUGAAAUAUAAUGUAACUAGCUGAUGAUUGUAGACAGUCUGAAUAAUAAAAAUAAUAUAGGAAUUUUUUUGGGUUUUGCAUUUGGAACUAAGUUUAAGAGUUACAGUAUGUACAUUCUCCGUAACUAAGUAAAUUAUUGAGAAAUGCAGCAAUGGAAAGCUCUUUAUAUUUGUUAUCAUCGCAACAACUCUCUGCAGUUGUCUUCCUACUAGUUUAUUUAAUUGUAGUAGUCUACGCAAUUUUACAAAAUGUCAGAGGUCAGACAUCAUCCUCUCUUCCAGAAAUUAUUCAAUAUUGUUACAAAAGUAAUUUCAAUGUUACCGCUAGACCACCCUUAACUCUGCAUUUAUUAAUUGAGUUGAUAAGGAAAAUCGAAGUAAACGAGAGGAAUGCUAUUAAUAUGAGAUUACUUGCAUCCUCAAUUCUGCAUGGAGUGAUGUUUAAUGGUAUUCGUCAAACAAAAACUACAAAUACUGAGGGAGAUAAACUAGUAAUACCUUUUCGAGCAACAGGCGAAGAAUUUUAUAAGUACAGACUGAUAACAGAUUAUUUAAUACCCGGACAAAUUGAACAUUUUCCUAGAGAAUCUCUGAGUCUAUCGGAAUUAUGCUUUUUGCACACGCUUAUUUCCAGUUCUGUCGAUCCUAUCGAAAGAGGAGAUGAAAAUCUAACAUGUGACGAUCGAUCAAGCAUGUCACUGGAAAUAAAGGACACUUACGUUCAAAGUAGAUGUGUGCUACGUAGAGGAGUAUUAAAAACAAAAUGGGGCCCUGUAUCAGCAACUCAACUAUUAUCGGGUAUCGCUGCAGGUUUACAAAAUAAUCUCGCAACUUUCGGACGUGUUAAAAGUGGAAUUCAAAAAAAGAAUGGGAUAAUUUCUAGUGAUGGCACAUUUACGAGUGAAAAAGGAAUAAACAUUAUAUGGGUUGCCACUAUGGCGAGCGAUUUAGCUCAAGCAAUUCUAAAUCAAACUACCGGAAUGGCGAUUAUAGGGAAUAAAGGUUUCUGGAACGAUACAAUGUUGCCUAAGGCUUAUUAUUUGAAGACAGGUUACUGGGAUAUGAUUGAUGCUGAUAUAUUAGCUGGCAUUGAUGGUGCUAUUCUUGGUACUAACGUAGAAGGAUGGUUAAAUAUUCUUGAAAGUAUUAGGUUAUCACAGAUAUUGGACAUGUACUAUUCAGAAAGAUUUGUGAUGUAUCAAUUUGGAAAUAAAGCAAACAAUCGAACUCUAACAUUUGACUCUCUUAUUAGAGGAAUCAACUUAACAGAUCAGAUAAUUGGAUCUGCGAAAUUACUCCAAACAAUAGGGAGUUACCCCGCUGGAAUUACAGAUCAAGGAAUUCGGGAAAUGGCCGAAAUACUUAGUGUACGAUUUAAAUAUAUAGCAGAAAACCUGGCAAAUGAAUACGAUAGAAUAGAAUAUAUAAACGGAAAACAAAUGAAGGCUUCUUUGGAACUUAUUAUUAUUCUUGACGGUACAUUCGAGUAUUACAAAGCACUGCAAAUGAUCUAUGCUCUGUCGGAAGCUAUUCAGGUUUCUUACUAUGGCAGCAGAAUAGGAAUUGUAAGUGGUCAAUCAGGCAAUUGGUUGGUGAACGUAACAAGGGAGGUUUUCCAACUUUUUACGGAUUUGAACGAACUGAGAGAUGAAUGGCCAGUUACACUUUCACUAGGAAGAAGCCUAGGAACAGUAAUAAGCUACUAUCAAAACCGAUCACGCAACAAUUGUAAUCAAAAGGGAAUAAAACCUGAAGGACAAGUCCUAUUCGUCUUCAGCAAAGACGGUCGACUAACAGACAAUGAUGUAGAAAUAUCCAAACAAUGCAUUAACACACUGAAAUCGUCAGAUCCAGGUACCCGUAUAAUAUAUAUAACGCAGGAGGAAGAAAAUUCAUUGGUACAACUGGUUAGAGACAAUGACUUUCUGAUGAAAAUUUCAAAUGAUGUGGUAUCUACAGUUCAACAAUUGUCAGACUAUUUAAGCGGAAUCCCGGCCAGUAUUAUAAGACUUUAUUGUAAUAAUAUUUUAUUUGAAGAUUAUGUAACUCCUCAGUCAGAGAACAUUUAUGAAAUAAACAGAGAGUAUAUCAAGAGGAACUAUAUCCAUAUUAAGUUCAUGAACAGUAAUUAUGGCGAAUUGGUAGUUUGUGCUUACCAAAGUAACACAACGAACGACAGAGUAUGUAAAGGAAUAACUGUAAAUGGUGAGAUCAGUUUCAACUCUAAAGAUUUUUGCACACCGGAUUUGCCGUGCGACGUACAUUUUGCAGUCACGGCCAACUCGAGUCAAAUCAUAUGCGCAGAAUAUGAUUGUCGGUAUCCUGACCAAAUACGGAUGGACAUAAAAUGUACGUAUACAGCAACAACCGGAUCUUUAGCAUCAAAUAGUCUACUAUUAAUAAAUUUAAUGAAUCUGUUAGUGUUAAUUAGUUAAUAUUAUGUUAAUACAUAUAUUCGUUCCAUCAAUAA